AUGGACACCGACGGCCCCAAGGCGCGCUCCUCCAUGGAGGAGCGGCGCAACAUGCAGGUCGACAAUGCCAUCCGCGCCAUUCAGCAUAAGAAGCCGCUGCCCGAGAUUGACUUCUCCAUCCACACCAUGGAGGACAACACCCAAGUGAGCACGCUCGAGCGGGUUUGCAAAGAUGUGCAAGCGCCCGCCUCGAAAAAGCCGACAAACGAACAAUUCUUCGAGGACGUCAACACCCGCGAGAAGCCCAACAUCGUAUUCCUGAAGGAGCAUUUCUAUCGCGAGGGUCGAUUGACCGAGGAGCAGGCGCUAUGGAUCAUCCACAAGGGCUCAGAGCUUCUGCGCGCGGAGCCCAACCUGCUCGAGAUGGACGCCCCCAUCACCGUCUGUGGAGAUGUCCACGGACAGUACUAUGAUCUCAUGAAGCUCUUCGAGGUCGGCGGUGACCCGGCCGAGACGAGAUACCUCUUCCUUGGAGACUACGUUGAUCGCGGCUACUUUAGUAUCGAGUGCGUGCUCUAUCUGUGGGCUCUCAAGAUCCAUUACCCCAAGACGCUGUGGCUGCUGCGCGGGAACCACGAAUGUCGCCACUUGACCGACUACUUCACGUUCAAGCUCGAGUGCAAGCACAAGUACUCCGAGGCUGUGUACGAUGCUUGCAUGGAAUCUUUCUGUUGCUUGCCUCUGGCGGCUGUCAUGAACAAGCAGUUCCUCUGCAUUCAUGGUGGUCUCAGCCCCGAGUUGCACACCCUGGACGACCUGCGAAGCAUUGACCGUUUCAGGGAGCCCCCCACCCAAGGACUUAUGUGCGACAUCCUCUGGGCUGACCCCCUCGAGGACUUCGGCCAGGAAAAGACCAAUGAGUACUUCCUGCACAACCACGUCCGAGGUUGCUCAUACUUCUUCUCAUACCCUGCUGCCUGCGCCUUCCUCGAAAAAAACAACCUUCUCUCCAUCAUCAGGGCCCACGAGGCACAAGAUGCCGGCUAUCGCAUGUAUCGUAAGACGAGGACGACUGGCUUUCCCAGCGUCAUGACUAUAUUCUCCGCCCCGAACUACCUCGAUGUGUACAACAACAAGGCUGCUGUUCUCAAGUACGAGAACAACGUGAUGAACAUUCGGCAGUUCAACUGCACACCCCAUCCUUACUGGCUACCCAACUUCAUGGAUGUCUUCACCUGGUCGCUUCCUUUCGUCGGCGAGAAGAUCACCGAUAUGCUACUUGCCAUUCUGAGCACGUGCUCCGAAGAAGAGCUGCGGGAACCCGACUCGGCCACUUCUCCCGGCCCCGGCUCGCCUCCCACCACCCCGGCUCUUGCCAAGGAGGACCCCGAGUCUAUCGAAUUCAAGCGCCGUGCUAUCAAGAACAAGAUUCUGGCCAUCGGCCGCCUGUCACGUGUCUUCCAGGUACUGCGUGAGGAGUCUGAGCGUGUCACCGAGUUGAAGACUGUCUCUGGCGGACGACUCCCGGCCGGUACCCUCAUGCUUGGUGCCGAGGGUAUCAAGAACGCCAUCAGCACCUUUGAGGAUGCUCGCAAGGUCGAUCUUCAGAACGAGAGGCUACCGCCUAGCCACGACGAGGUGGUGAGGCAGAACGAGGAAGAGAGGCAGGAGGCUCUCGAGAGGGCGGCAAAGGAGGCAGAGAACGACAAGAAGUUGCAGACGCUCUCAAGAAGAUUGAGCACCAGUGACCGUAAGCGAUAA